AAGUUUGCACAGAGACCACUUCUCCCUUAGAAAUGCUGUAAAGUGGCGGUAGACCGUCCAGUCCAGCCGGCUCCGGUGCUGGCCCAUCGCUGUCGGACAUUUUAUCUUCGAUCUGGAAGUUCAGAAAAUGCAAAUAAUCUCAGUGAAGUAUUCAAUUUGACAGCGAGGCUAACGUAAACACAAAUACAGCGUUCUCCGGACUGGCUAAUUUGGGUCAUAACGCAGUAAAAUACCGGCGAAAAUAGAUGAUAUGUGCAUGAACUGUGGUUAUAAGAUUGCAAUGUAUGCACAGUUCAUCAUCUAUUCAACAGACAACAAAUUACACUUACGGUGUCUGUUAGCAACCGCCUAGCUUCGCUUUCAUUUCCGGUGCAAAGCCGUCUCACGACAGGCCUUGUAACCAAUCGUCGAACGCGCUGAACACUUCAGCCAAUCAGACACUAGGUAGAUGGUUUCAGUUCCGUUUUCGGCAACAAGCCGAGCAACCAAUCAUCGUAGCGGUAGCCAAUCCUCACCAAUCAGAACACACAGGAAACGGAAGUAGUCCCUUUGUUCUUCACCGAUACCUCACCGCUCGACGCUGUUGCCUAUGAGGCGGCCGGACCUUCUUUUUUUGAAUUAAAACGUCAUCAUUGUACAGUUUUGCUCGGUUUUUCGAAUAACCGGACAUGAUUGAACCGAAGAAGAGAGUGGCGGACAUGGCGGUGGUGCCACUCGAAGUCAAGCGACCCCGGACGGAGCUGGUGGCGGCGGCCCAGUCUCAGCAGCUCAUGGCCGCGGGUCCCCCCAGGACGUCCAGCCUGCAGGCCCCCAUCAUGCUGAUGUCCGGCCACGAGGGCGAGGUCUACUGCUGCAAGUUUCACCCCAACGGAGCCACGCUGGCCUCGUCUGGAUUUGACAGGCUCAUAUUGAUGUGGAACGUGUAUGGGGAGUGUGAGAACUUUGCUACGCUGAAGGGCCACAGCGGAGCAGUGAUGGAGCUUCACUACAACACGGACGGAAGCCUGCUGUUCUCGGCGAGCACAGACAAGACGGUUGGCGUGUGGGACAGCGAGACGGGCGAGCGGGUCAAGCGCCUGAAGGGCCACACCUCCUUCGUCAAUACCUGCUACCCAGCCCGCCGAGGACCCCAGCUGGUGUGCACCGGCAGCGACGACGGGACGGUCAAGUUGUGGGACGUGCGCAAGAAGGGAGCCAUUCACACCUUCCAGAACACAUACCAGGUGCUGGCCGUCACCUUCAACGACACCAGUGAUCAGAUUCUGUCUGGAGGCAUCGACAAUGACAUCAAGGUGUGGGACCUGAGGCAGAACAAGCUGAUCUACAACAUGCACGGACACGGCGACUCUGUGACAGGGCUCAGUCUCAGUUCGGAGGGCUCGUACCUGCUCUCCAACUCCAUGGACAACACGGUGCGUAUUUGGGACGUCCGACCAUUCGCACCCAAGGAAAGAUGUGUGAAGAUUUUCCAGGGCAACGUACACAAUUUUGAAAAGAACCUGAUGAGAUGUUCCUGGUCCACUGAUGGUAGCAAGAUAGCAGCCGGGUCAGCUGACAGGUUUGUCUACAUCUGGGACACGACGUCACGAAGGAUCCUGUACAAGCUGCCAGGACACGCCGGUUCCGUGAACGAAGUCGUCUUUCACCCGGAGGAACCCAUUGUGCUGUCAGGCGGCAGUGAUAAACGACUCUACAUGGGGGAAAUUCAGUAGGGCGUGUGUGUGUAUGAAUGUGUAGGAAGUGGGUGGAGUUUAAGAGUGUGUUUGCAAUCACAUGCAUCAGAACCUCAGGAUGUUAAAGUCCAUUAUUUUUUUUUUUUAAAUAAAAUUUUGUAUUCUGUAAAGAAAGCAGCACAUGGGAUCUUUUUGUCAAUGUGAUACUUUGCUAAAUUGUUCUUAUCUCCAAAUCUCACUUUAAAAAGACUACAUGAGGUCAUUAUACUGCAUAUUCAAUAACAGCACUACUAUUAGUUAUAGUUACAUUUGGCUAUCAAUUUACUGAACUAUACACGUUCCAGCUUUAAAAAAAUGACAUGGUUAUUGUGGUUGUGGUUUCUUAUAUUUUGGUUACCUUAUUUGUAUACAUGAGAGAUCAAAAUAUGAGAAACAGCUCUCAGGAUGAUGCAUGUGGCAAACUGCAGCCACAAUAAAGAACAUGUUAAUUUAAUCCCUCAGAUAAAGUCCUGAAUUUUUAUACCAGUUGAUGGUGACACCCAGUUUGGGUAAUUGUCAUAUUAUUCCAAUACAUAUACAUGUACAUACUGUACAUUACCAUAUCCUCCUGACGACCAGUAGUUCAAAUUUGUCCUCUGUAGAGGACAUUUGUAAACCUAAAUAUCUCCCACCCAGUGCAUCCAAUCGCAUUAACUCCUUUCGUGCUCUAUAGAGGACAUUCAGAGCUUUCCAAUGAUACCAAAUUUGUAGGGGUGGGGCUUUGUUACCUUGACUUACCCGUAGAAGAAAAUGGCUUCCCUCAGUGCAAGCACUUUUUAUGGGAGGAGGAAAAGUAAGUGUUGAAUACUUUUUAUCAAACACAUUUUGUCUUGAAAUGCUGUUGGCGUUUUAUUUAUCAGACUCUUAUGAACAUGUUAAAGUGUUGUUUGAGUUAUUUUAA